AAUAUCCAAAGUACUGCACCCUAUAUAUAUAUAUAGGGGGAUCGCCUUCUACAUUGAGACCAGCUCCGCCAUGGAUUGGUCAUGGAUUGCACUUUCACUGAUUGCUCUUGCUUAUGUUGUUCGAGCAUUGCUAAACAUAAGCAAGAACAAGCAUAAGAGAUUGCCUCCUGGUCCAAGAGGGAUCCCCAUUUUGGGAAACCUUCAUAUGCUAGGUGAGUUGCCUCACCAGGAUCUCCUUCGACUCGCCAAGAAGUAUGGCCCCAUCAUGUACAUGCGCUUUGCCCUGGUGCCCACCAUUGUGGUCUCAUCCCCUCAAGCAGCUGAGCAGUUCCUCAAGACGAAUGAUCUUGUUUUUGCUGGAAGGCCACCUCAUGAAGGUUCAAGAAUUGUAUCCUACGACCGAAAAGGCAUAUCAUUUACAGACUAUGGUCCUUAUUGGCGCAGCAUGCGCAAGUUAUGCACCUUGGGACUACUUAGCAAUCUCAGAAUCAGUUCUUUCCAGCCCCUGAGAAGAGAAGAGCUUGACCUCUUGAUCAAGUCCCUUAAAGAGGCUGCCCUUGCUCGCACUGCUGUUGAUCUCAGCGCCAAGAUUUCAUCCCUCAGUGCAGACAUGAGUUGCAGGAUGAUUUUUGGGAAGAAGUACAUGGACAAGGAUAUCGACGAGAGGGGGUUCAAAGCUGUGAUUCAAGAGGGUAUGCAAUUAGCUGGAGCUCCUAACAUUGGUGAUUACAUUCCUUUUGUGGCGCCCCUUGACCUUCAGGGGCUGGCUCGGCGCAUGAAGGCUAUUAGCGAGGUGUUUGAUGCUUUUUUUGAGAAGAUCAUUGAUGAGCAUAUUCAUGAACCAAAGGAAGAAGGGCAGACAAAGGACUUAAUAGAUGUGAUGCUAGGCUAUAUGGGAUCCAAAGAAAACGAGUUCCAAAUUGAAAGGUCUAAUAUCAAAGCCAUAGUUUUGGACAUGCUAGCAGGAUCUAUGGACACGUCAGCCACGGCAAUUGAGUGGGCACUUGCAGAACUGCUCAAGAACCCAAGAAUAAUGAAGAAAGUCCAAGAAGAACUGGAAAAAGUAGUGGGCAUGGAGAGGAAGGUGGAGGAAUCAGACCUAGAGAGCUUGGAGUACUUGGACAUGGUUGUGAAGGAAACCUUGAGGCUCCACCCAGUGGCUCCUCUACUCAUCCCUCAUGAGUCCUUGGAGGACUGCACAAUCAAUGGCUUCCACAUCCCUCAAAAGUCCCGAGUCAUGGUAAACAUAUAUGCCAUAGGGCGAGACCCUAAUGUAUGGACUGACGCAGAGAAGUUCCUCCCUGAGAGGUUCAUCGGAAGCAGUAUAGAUCUCCGUGGACGCGACUUCCAACUCAUCCCAUUUGGCUCAGGCAGAAGAGGGUGCCCCGGGAUGCAAUUAGGCCUAACCGUGGUUCGACUGGUGCUGGCUCAGCUGGUCCAUUGCUUUGAUUGGGAGCUCCCAAAUGGGAUGAUGCCUUCUGAGUUGGACAUGACCGAGGAGUUUGGCCUCACAGUGCCGAGAGCUAAGCAUCUUCUGGCCGUUCCCACUUAUCGCCUUCCCAACUGAUAAAUGAUCUCAAUCAUGGUUCUGUUGAUACCACUCAGUAUUUUUCCUUUUUCUGGUUUUCUGUCUCCAUAAAUUCUCGAGAAAAAGGUUAUCCUACCUUCUAGUACGAUACUGCUUUAUUUAUAAUGUUUUAAGAAAUCAAUGGGUUAUUAUUUUUAAU